UUGCCAGCGUUUUGGAGAGAGAAAGAUCGAAACUUUCAUUAAUAAUAUCACAAAAGAAAGAAUUUUUAAGAGAGAGAAAGAGUGUGAGAGAGAGAGAGUGAGAGAGACAAGAGGAGAAUCUAGUUGUCUUUGUUAUAAUCUCUCUGUUCUGUGAAAAGACUCCCAACAAAUAUUUUGGUCUGAGCUGAGGAGGAGGGCUUUAGUGGUCUUUUUCCCUUUAUUGGUUUGCAUUGUCAGGAGAAGAAAGAGAAGAAAGAUCUUCUUCUUCUUCUGUACACAGCUCAUUAAAAAGCAGGUUUUUUUUGGCGAAAUUGUAGCUACUCAGCUGGAGUUUUGGAGUUCUGAUAACUUUUUGGAGGUGGGUUUUUGAGUUUUGUUAAAGGGUUUUUCUUCUUUUUGGGGUUAUGGAUUUCGUGGAGGAGGAAGAAGACAUGGGAUUUUGAUUUAAAACAAAAAAGUCAGGGGUGAGAACUGUAAAAAAAAAAUCAGAAUCAGGGUUCUUCUUUAUGGCCACCCCUCAGGAGAAGGAGACACCCAAUAGGGUCUAUCAAGUUUGGAAGGGAAGCAAUAAAUUUUUCUGUGGUGGGCGAUUCAUUUUUGGCCCCGAUGCAGCGUCUGUGCUUCUAUCUGUAUUUCUUAUAGCUGGGCCUGCAAUUGCCUUUUGUGUAAAGGUGUAUUAUGAAAUAGAUCACAUGAGGUACUACUAUAAAAGUAACUGGAAUCUCGUAUUGGUCGUUGGCGCAAUUCUUACUCUUUUGGAUUUGACAUUUCUCUUCCUAACAUCUAGUAGAGAUCCGGGUAUUGUUCCUAGAAAUACAAGGCCUCUUGAACCAGAUGAAGCUGAUGUUCCUACACCGUCCAUGGAGUGGGUUAAUGGUAGGACUCCACAUUUGAAACUACCUCGAACGAAAGAUGUUCUUGUGAAUGGUCACACAAUAAAAGUGAAGUACUGCGACACUUGUUUGCUGUAUCGCCCUCCCCGUGCUUCUCAUUGUUCCAUUUGCAACAACUGUGUCCUGAGAUUUGAUCAUCAUUGUCCCUGGGUCGGUCAAUGCAUUGGAAUACGUAACUAUCGGUUCUUCUUCGCAUUCAUUUCAACUUCAACGAUCCUAUGCAUUUAUGUGUUCACGUUUUCUUGGAUUCACAUAAUUAGGAGACACGGCAAAGUCUUGGAAGCUAUGAAGGUUGAUUAUCUAUCAGAUUUUCUAAUAGCAUACUGCUUUAUAGCUGUCUGGUUCGUCGGUGGUCUUACAGCUUUCCAUCUCUACCUCAUAUGUACGAACCAAACUACUUAUGAGAACUUCCGAUACCGAUAUGACAAGAAGGAGAACCCAUAUAACAAGGGAGUUGCAGGCAACUGUGGAGAGACUUUCUUGUCUACAAUCCCCCCUUCUUUGAACAAAUUUCGAUCAUUUUUUGAGGAAGAUGAGCACGUGAUGGUGAGAUCCCUGACUCCAGAUUUUGGCGAAAGUGCUAUGAGCUCCAAGGAGAAAAUUGAUAUUGAAAUGGGAACUAGGCAGUCUGAGGACGGUGCUUUUCCACUUCCGGUUAUUUUGAGAGAUUUGAAUUAUGACGAUCUAGAAAAGAACCCAGAAGAAGAGCGAAGACAUGGUUUGGACUCGUAUUUGCCUGUUGAAACCGAAGAGAAAGAAUCCUCUGGUGGGAAUUUGAGAAUAGAUGGUGAAGAAGAUGGAGAUGAUGUGCAAGUGCAACAUUCUCCUGCAAGAGAAAGAGUACGAGAGUCUCUUGAUAGUGCCAUGGUUAUUGAUGGAGCGUUGGAGAGAAACGAUAACAGAAGUCACUCUCGUCGAGCAGUGGUUACUCAUAAUCAAGCUUAGAGGUUCUGCUAUAUAUAGCAGUGUUUCUUUCGACGAUGAUGAUGAUGAUGAGGGUAGUGUUGAAGCAGAUUUGUGAGUUUGUCAUGUUUUUGUAGCCAUAUAUAUUUAUAUAUACAGUGAUCGGUGGCUUGAGUCCGCUAUUAACUUCACAUGAAAAUGAAAUACAGGUUAACUACAACUACUACUUUUUUUAUAUAUAUGUUUUCUUUGGUAAUUAAAGAAGAGAAGAUUUGUUGUUUGUUAUAA